AGGAUUUUCUUUGCUUGUCAGUUUUUCCAAGUGUCAAUGACUUUGUCAAUGUAUCAUUGUUGUCAGCUUUGUCACUGUUGGUCUUUCGUCAUAGUUUCUAAUUGGUUUCUGUCAUAAAAGUCACAAAAAUAUUGUACUCGAUUCGAAAAAUAAAAUAUAAAAAAUGAUAAGUGAUUCAUUUCAUGAUAUGAAUAAUCAUUUGCUUACCAGUGAAGAAAAUACUAAACUUGAAAAUCAACUAAAUACAAAUUUAAUAUUAAUUAAAGAAGAAAAAUUAGAGGAAAAUGUACCAAUAUUGGCAGAGGAGCACAUUAAAAAUGAAAUACUGGAGGACAAUAACGUUACGGUGAAAGAAAUAGUGCACGACAGAAGUAUUACCAUGAAGCAUCAACAAAUUUAUGGCAAAGAGGAACAUUUACUUACGUUCAAUAACGAAAAUAUUAAACUUGAAAAACAAUUAAGUACAGAACUUGUUAUUAAAGAUGAAAGUGGCUUAGAAGAACUAUUUAUAUGUGAUUAUUGUAAUAAAACAUUUAAACACAAAUACAAAUUAGUUAAUCAUAGGCGGAUUCACACCGGCGAGAAACCAUAUUUAUGUAAUAUUUGUAAUAAAAACUUUAAUCAUCAAAGCAGUUUAAGUGAACAUAAGCGAAUACACACUGGAGAAAAACCAUUUUCAUGCGAUAUUUGUAGUAAAACGUUUUCUGGUAGAAGCAAUUUAGUUAAACAUCGACGGAUUCAUACUGGAGAAAAAUCCUUUUCGUGUGAUUUUUGUGAUAAAGUAUGUGCUACUAAAAGCCAUUUAAUGUAUCAUAAACGAAUUCACACUGAACAAAGACCAUUUUCAUGCGAUAUUUGUAAUAAAAAAUUUAUUCAGCAAAGCAUUUUAGUUGCUCAUAAACGUAUUCACACUGGGGAGAAGCCCUUUUCAUGUGAUAUUUGUAAUAAAUCAUUCAAUCAGAAUAGCAGUUUGAUUAAUCAUAAACGAAUCCAUACUGGAGAAAAACCAUUUUCGUGCGAUAUUUGUAAUAAAAACUUUACUCAACAAAGCAUUUUAGUUGCACAUAAACGUAUCCACACUGGAGAGAAACCAUUUGCAUGUGAUGUUUGUAAUAAAUCAUUCAAUCAGAAAAUCAGUUUGGAUAAUCAUAAACGAAUUCAUACUGGAGAAAAACCUUUUUCCUGUGAUAUUUGUAGUAAAACAUUUGCUAGCAAUAACCGUUUAAUUCAACAUAAAUGGAUUCACUCCAUAGAAAAACCAUUUGCAUGUGAUAUUUGUAAUAAAACAUUCAAUCACAAAAUCACUUUCGAUAAUCAUAAACGAAUUCACACUGGAGACGAACCAUUUGUAUGCGAAAUUUGUAAUAAAACAUUAACCAGCAAUAGUUGUUUAAUUCAACAUAAACGUCUUCAUACUGGAGAAAAACCAUUUUCAUGUGAUUUUUGUAACAAAGCAUUCAAUCAGAAAAGCAGUUUCAUUAGUCACAAACGAACCCACACUGGAGAGAAACCGUUUUCAUGUGAUCUUUGUGAUAAAGCAUGUACUACUAAAAGCCAAUUAGUGAAACAUAAACGAAAUCGCCAUAGUGUAUAG